UACAUACUGUAUAAGGUGCAAUUUAUUAAGAUUUUAGAUUAUUAGAAAUACUAAUAUUUACAAAAGGAAAUGAUGAAAGUUGGAUCUUUUUCAUUCACUUGAAUGAAACACUUUUACUUUAAAACCAAAAAUCUUGUUAAAUCCAUGUAGUUGGUGAGGUGAAAAUAUUCUUCAGGUCAUAAUCAUUGAAAGCCAUAUAAUUAAGGGAAAAACUAGGCAAAAUUGGGAUUCAAUAGCAAUAGGCUUGUUGAAAACAAGGCUUCUUGAGUGAGUGAAGUUGGAGUUUGCAGGAUCAGACAAAACUUAGUGAUAGAGCUGAAUCCAUGUUUUAACAAAUAAGGAGACACCUGGAUUUAAACUCAGGAUGCUGGUUCCCUUGGUACUGUGUGCAACUCUCAUGAUAGGAAGUGGUGAAAUUCAAGGUGAUGAAUGGAUUGACCCCACAGAUAUGCUCAAUUAUGAUGCAGCUUCAGGAACAAUGAGAAGACCUGGCAAGGUUAAAAAAAGUGUAAAUUAUGAUGACUCUGAGAAUAGGGAGGCACCAGAUGCCGUUGUGAACUUGCCAAACCCUGCAGCAGUAUCAGAGUGCCAUAGGAAAUUAGAAUCCUUAAUUCAGAAGAUUGAAGAGUAUGAGAAGAAAGAGAAGACCAAGUUAAGUGAAAGCCAUAGCAUUUAUGUUUUUAGGAGAUACUUGAAUAAGAUUUUAAUUGAAGCUGGAAGACUUGGCCUUCCUGAUGAAAACAUUGGUGAUGUGCAUUAUGAUGCCGAGAUCAUCCUUACAAGUCAGGCUCUUUUGGAGAUCAACAGAUUUCUCAAUGAGGAGGACUGGAAAUCAGGCGCUUUGGAUGAGGCAGUUAGUGAUAUUCUGAUUAAUUUUAAACAUCAUGAUUAUGAAGCUUGGAAAUGGAGGUUUGAGGACACUUUUGGAGUUGAUCCAUAUAAUUUGCUUAUGGUACUCUUGUGUUUGGUGUGCAUUACAGUAACUGUAGCUACUGAGCUAUGGACACACAUUGGUUGGUGUACUCAAGUAAAACGCAUUUUAUUCAUCAGUUUUCUCAUCAGUUGUGGAUGGAACUGGAUCUACUUAUAUAAGAUAGCCUUUGCACAGCAUCAAGCUGAAGUGGCCAAAAUGGGAAAUUAUGACACAGUAUGUGAUAAGAAGAUAGACUGGAGUGAGAGUCUUUUUGAAUGGUUUAGAAGUUCAUGGACAUUCCAGGAUGAUCCUUGUCAGAAGUACUAUGAAACGAUACUAGUAAAUCCCAUUUGGCUAGUCCCCCCAACAAAGGUAUUGGCGGUUACAUUUACCAGUUUUGUAACAGAACCAUUGAAACAUAUAGGGCAAGGAAUUGGUGAAUUUAUUAAAGCCCUUAUGAAGGAGAUACCAAUGAUGCUACAGAUUCCAGUGUUAAUCAUCCUAGCUGUGGCUGUUCUGGGUUUCUGCUAUGGUGCAGGAAGAUCAGUUGCUACACUAAUACAUUUAACAGGUCCUGAGCGGAAACCACCUCCUUCACUUCCUCCAAGUGACAGGCCACACUGGGAACAAAUAAAUUAUAGUGCAGGUGAUUCAGAUGCCAAUUACAGAAGGAAUGUUGGUGCCCUCAGUGGAGGACCUCAUGACAGAGGAGAUGAUCACAUGAGACUUCAAAAUGGCAACAGAAGCUCUGAAGUUCUGCUGCCAGGUGGUACACCAAAUGCACGAAGAGAAGAGCAUCACAAGUGUAGAUUGCACCCUGUGUCUCAAGAUCAAACAAUUUUUAGAGUGAAAACCAAUGUAGAUGAAAACCGUGAUAGAGAGAUUGCACCUGAAGAGCAGAAACUGUGCACACUUGGAGUUGAACAAGAGUCUGAAAAGAAUUGUGAACCUCAAGCAAGUUGUAGCUUAAAAAAGGAGAAAACAAAUAAGCAAAACUCAAUUGAUAAAACAGGAGAUCAGGAAAAGACGGAGAAGGGCAGUUUACCUCGAUUAAUGGAAGGCACAGAGGAAACUAAAGAAUCUUUGAACUCUACUGGUUUGUGCUAUGGUGCAGGAAAAUCGGUUGCUACAUUAAGAGAUUUUAAAAGUCCUGAGCAGGAACCAUCUCCUUCAUUUCUUCCAAGUGACAGACAGCACUGGCAACAAAUAAAUUAUAGUGCAGGUGAUUCAGAUGCCAAUUACAGAGGGAAUGUUGGUCCCCUCAGUGGAGGACCUUAUGACAGAGGAGAUGCUCUGAGAGAGAGCGAUGAUCACAUGCGACUUCAAAAUGGCUACAGAAGUCCUGAAGUUCUGCCGGCCAGUGAUGUACCAGAUGCACAAAGAGAAGAGCAUCACAAGGAACAAAGUCAGCAGCCUACUAUUGAAGAUCUUCCAGGAACCCCUUAGUUCCCUGAUUUUAUCUUCCUGAUCCAGUGGAACCCCACUGUAGAUGAUAAAUUUC